CUUUGAACAACACCAACGGGGCAGUAAAUCAAUACAUACAGCAUAGGAUUGUUGAUAUAUCCAAGAUUGUUCCUUAAUUAAGAUCCAACGGAGCAUAAAUCUCACGUUCAAUACCGAAGAUUAACUCUCAAUGAAUAUUAGAAAACUCAAUCGACAACUGGAUUAUGAAGUAUCAAAAGGAGAACUAUAUUUAAGAUUGCUAGGAUUAGGUUCUUUCAUAUCAGUAACUUAACUUAAAUGUCCAAUCAACUUUAUCAACGUAGAUGAAUUUUGAUUGAACAAAAUGGCUGACAUUUGCAAAUAUUUCAUAACGAGGCUCUUGGUCGUCUGCGCCAGUGUCCAGAUAACGUGCUUAGGAUUACAAGUCAUCAAACCCCCUUCAGACAAAGCUGCAAUUGCCGGAUCAAACGUACAUAUGGAUUGUCAUGUCAAUACCACUAAUAAAGAUCAAAAAUAUUUUGUUUUGUGGACCGGAUAUGCUCCGAGACCACACGUAUUUGGAGAACAGAUCUCAGCAAAUAAUAAAAUAGUUGAAACGAUGCCCAAUGGGCGUUAUAAAAUAGACCCAAAUGAAAAUUUCAGUUUGAUUAUAAAUAAUGUAGAUCGCAAUGACGGGGGAAAAUACAGAUGUAAUGAUGCAUUUACCGGGAGGCCCAUCGGGCAAAUACAACCGCAUCUGGUUGUUAUGGAUCCCAUCAAAUGUCCACCAGCAGUGCUGCGAGCUGGAGAAGGCGAAGUCAUCUCGUUUAAUUGCACUGUGGAGUUCAUGGGAAAUAGAGACCAGCGUCAGAUCCCUAAGUUCAAAUGGAGGAUAGGCAACGAUGCUGUUAGUCCAACUAAGGUGGAGGUAGUCGGAAAUAACUCCAGUUCUAGUCUCAACAUCACCACUAAUGUCGACUUGAAUAACAAACAAGUGAAAUGCGGGUACGAGUUACUGGGCAUCCGCGAUCAUUGUUCCACCCUCGUAAGAGUUACAUUCGCCGCGAGAAAGCCAGUACUGAUAAUAAAAUCCCAGAUCGUAACGGGUAGAGUCAUGUUGUUAAAUUCAGGAGCGGUUGUAACGAUAUCAUGUAAAUCACAAGCCAACCCCCCUGCGGAGUACUCUUGGUUCUAUCAAGAAGACAUCGGCAAAAAGACACUCAAGUUUGUAUCACAUAAACAGGUAUUAACACUAGGAGAAUUAGAACCCCAUCAUAGUGGCGUGUACAUAUGUAAAGCUUCGAACGAUUUAAACGAAAAAAAUAUGCCAGCGAAGGCGAGUUUGAUUCUACAAAUUCAAGAUACUUCACCGGAUUCUGGUGUCCAAUCUGGACUCCAAGGUAACGUCCAAACUGGAGUCUUAGCCGGUGGACUCACAAUUCUUAUUCUUUUAAUCAUAGUGCUAAUAGUAUUCAUAGUAUACGUCCUACGGAGGAUCAAACGCACUCGGCCAACGAGAGGCCGAGAUGCGCGAGACGCUGAGGCUGAAACCCCACUUUCCGAGGGUUACACAGACAUUCUAAAUGCGGAACAAAUCCGUUUACAUACUGACGCUAAAGUAGCGAUGAAUACACCCGGAAAUACAGAUACGAUUAAUUCGUGCCGGAGUUGUGGUGGAUCUCCACGCCACGCAGCAUUAAAAGGACCAGUUUUGUAUGCUGAUCUAGAUCUUCAGAACACCAAUACUGGCAAUAGGACAAUAACACUGCCCAUAAAAGACUCUGAAACUAUUCCAAAGGCUGUCCAAGCGCAGCGACCAUGCGAGGCGUAGCAUACCGUGUGUUCUCACCGACGAGACAUCUAUAUAACGAUUUUUUACUAAAAAACUAGUCGUGGAUUUUUAAUGCUUUUCUAAAAUAUCAUAAACGUUUUAGAUGUAGCAGUGUGUAUUUACAUGAAAAAUAAUGUUGACUUCUAAUUAGUUGUUUUGAAAG